AAAUAGUGUUAACAUGGGUAAAACAGGUAAAUCAAACAAAAUAAAAUUCUAGGGUUAUUACGACCUUCACCUUGUUCUGAGCUCCAAGGAACUAGGGUUUGGUUUGUGCCAACUUCAUCUUCAGCAGAGAAGCUCUCAAAACCUGAAAAACAAAAAUGCCGAAGCAAAUCCAUGAGAUCAAGGACUUCCUUCUAACUGCCAGAAGGAAGGAUGCACGUUCUGUGAAAAUCAAGAGGAGCAAAGAUGUUGUCAAGUUCAAGGUUCGUUGUUCCAGGUACCUUUACACACUGUGUGUGUUUGACUCAGAGAAGGCUGACAAGUUGAAACAAUCCCUUCCUCCAGGUUUGAGUGUGCAAGACCUGUGAAGCAAGCUGAGACUGAGUUCAGAGAGUACCAAUUUGAGGACCUUUUUUUUUAGUGUUGCUUGCAAUAUUGGUAAAAAAAAUUGUUUGUGAUGGUUUUGUAUUUUCUUCAUUCAAACUACUGUUAAGCUGUGUUUUAUUUUACCAGCUCUGGAUAUGUUGACCUGGUUCUUCCAUGUUGCUGCAAAAAAAUUUUUUUUUUUAUUGCUUAGGGUUUGAUGUCUUAUUUUAUGUUUGUUUUUUCGAAAUGAGGAAAAAUUCCAAAGUCUAAUACUAAAAUAAAGGGUUAAUUACAA